AUGAGCUCAACACUGCAAAGAAUUGAACCCCGGCCCCAACCGGACAAUGGGAUGCGCAGAGUUGUACCCGUCAAAAUCCUGCCUCGCCAAAGUAUGGUCCCAUCUUCCUACCUACCACCUGUCAUCUUCCGCAGUGCUUCUAGCCCCUCAGUUGCAGCCGUCCCGGCGAGGAGGCCCCAAAAUGAUGGAUCGUCCACCAUUUUUACCCAUCAACGGGGAGCCGGACAUCAGCUGUCAUUACAGAGGAUUGAUACAAACGCACAGCCGACGUUGCGUAAUCUGCUGAGAGUUCAGAUCCCGCCGCAAAAUGCUCGGAGUCAAUCGUCGUCGUUCGGGCCCUCGUCAGGCCCUCCCACGUCGUCGUCGUUCUCACUGGGCCCCUCCCAUCGUGUUUCCGCAUCGAUCGGAUUCCGCCGGGAUAUCCUGCGCCGGAAGAUCGAGCAGAGGCCCUCGAAGCAUCGGCUCGCCAAUCAGCAUAUUUUGCUUUCUGCAUCCAGUGCCGGCCCACUGGUGCAACAGAAGGCGCAUCAGCUGCGCAAGUGCGGCAUCGUCUCCAACCUCAACACCAAGCUGCAACAACGGCCCGGCCCGCUCGAACUCGUCAACAAACGCAUCUUACCUGCUGAUGACGUACUAGUGCAAGCGAUUCAAGACGGCCGGCUCCACUUCAAGCCGACGUUACCUCAACCGCAUUCCGCCCCGGCCCCGCAAUUCCAGUUUAACCCGAUUAAUCCAGACAUGGAAGUAGUAACUUUGUCACAUCCACCGGCCUCUCCUUCAAUAUCCAAAAUGGCUAUCGUCAAGAGCAAGAAGAAACCCACCACCCCAUACCAGAGCCCAAAUGACCAAAGACCGAAGGGAAAAUUGGCCAAGGAUCAACUUACCAACCCAGAGGAGGACAACUACCAGCUUCUGCUUGAGCAACAACAAAUAUUCCUCGAGUGGCAAGAGACCGGGGAGACGGAGCACGAGAAGAUGAUCAUGGCCAACUCCCAGCAUGAUGCUCACUAUUUCCAGGAAUCUGAAGUUGAGGUGCAGCCGGCUGAGCUGCAGCCCGAGCCUCAGAUGCCCGAAACCAUGUCCACGCUGACCGUGCCGACACCGGGUUUCCUGAACUUCCCCCCGAAGACGUUAUCGGAUUUGAAGGUUCAGGAUCUGAAGAAUGAAUGUAAAAAGCGAAACUUACCGGUAUCAGGUCCGAAACCACAGCUGGUCGAACGCCUUCGCCCUUACGAGCAAACCAUCAUCACCAGCGUGGUCAGCAGUCUGGGCACUGGGCCAUCAACACCACCGGUCUCUCCGAAAAAUGGGGAGGGAAAGCCGCACACGACAGGCAAACCCAAGGAGACGAUACACGAAUUCCUACAGAACAACGCGCCUUCAUUAUGCCAUGUCACACAACAGCGACCUCAGCAGCUAUUUACGAACGUGCAGAAGACAUCGGCUCCGGCGCCACCACCUCCCCAAGUCGUUCAGCUUGUCGACCAACACGGCAACGUCUUCGGCGUGGCCAAUGUGGUUGGAGGUGGUCGAAACGGGCAACCAGUCCAACUUGGCCCAGUCCAAGCCCAUUCAAACACCCCCGUCAACCUUCAUGUCCAGUCGACGUCGAGCUAUAACGCACCGACGCCACCACAGACACAAGGGGGACAGAUGCUGCCCUCAUUGCAUGAGAUCAAUGGCGAAAAAGCCCAUCAGCCGACAUUCCGUUUCGCACAGAUGGGAUCCGGGGGCCAGUUCACCAUCGUCCCCUCGAAUCAGCAUAGCCAGGACAACUCGGACUCUCACGUCAUGGUCACCCAAUCUCAGCCAACCCAGAUCCAAAUGAUGCCUAUGGCUACCAUAAGCCAGGUCCAGCCCUCCCAUUCCUUCAUCACAACGUCCGGAAUGAUUCCCUCGAACGUCACACUGGUGAAUGAAAACGGGGUUGCAGUUCAGUUUGUACAGUAUGACGAGCCCCAACAGCUUGUCCACCAGCCUACCGUGACCAGCAUGGUGCAGACGCCGACACAGAUGACAUACGUGAAUGGCGCAAUGACCCAAAUGAGUCAAAAUGACGGCAGCCCAGUGAGCGCAGAUUCCGGCACGACGUCACCGACGAUGGGCCCGCUCAGCGUUCACGAAGCCGUCCAGGCUUAUGCUCAAAUGCCGGCCAGUGCGUAUCAGCCUCCCCAAAUGUCGCCCACCGAUCAGCAGACGAUCACGAUUGACACGAAUGAUUCGUCUUCUCUCGCCUCCACCCUUCAAAUGCACGAAGAAAUGCUCAAAUUCCAACAAAAGAAAAUCGAAGAAAUGCGUGCAGAACUAAUUCGCUCUCAACAACAACUUCGAGCUCAGCAGUCUUUGAUAAUGGUAGCAAAAAAUCAACAGUUUGGUGAUGGAGGUCGACCAGCAAUGACCGACCACUAUCUGGCGCAACUGAAGAAUGCCCACCAGAUGCACAUGCAAAACCUGCACCUUCAGAAAGACCAAGAGGGACAGCUCCAACAACACGUCCAUGAGCAAAACUCACUUGUUGCAUGCGAGGCAAAGCUACAAGAAGAACUGCACGUCGAGCAGGCGGUGAAUGAUAUUGUCCGCCUGAUCAAGCAGGACGCGCGAACGGCUCUCCUCAUCGUGCAACUGUUGCGGAAGUAUCAAAUUGAGCGCCAGCAACAAGCCGAACAGGCCCAACUCCAACGAGCACAGCUGGCCAAGGCUGCGGUUUCGGUAGAACCCGUCCAGCAACAACCUACCCCGGCGAAGAAGAGCAAGUCGAAGGCAAGAGCCCAGCCAGCACCCCAGUUGCCUAUCGAUCGGGCUCACUCCGAAAACCCGAACCCCAACCAUCUCUCCCCAACAAAUAUCGGAUCUGUGCAGCAACGCCGUGCCAGUAACCCGGAGAUGAUGCGAAAUAAAGUCCCAGCCGAGGUGCAUACAAUCUCGGAUGAUGAAGUUACAGCCACCACCCCUAUCUCCCGACCAAAGACCAAAGCCAAGCGACCAACUAGCGGCCCGAAGAAGAACCUCAACAACGUCGACAUGGAGGAGAUCUUCAAGACUGUGCUUGAAGGCGCUUCAAAGAGGCUGAACCACGAGAAGGCGGAAAUUGAGGAGCCGAUGACCACCGGAUACGGCAACUCACCCCAAGAGACGGUGGCUGUCGAUGUGGCCUGCAAACAAUCAGUGCCUGGCCUCGCAGCCGAGACGACAUUCGGGGAAAGGAGCUGCGGGGCUGAUGCCAUGAACUUCAAAGUACCGCAACAACCUGUAGAUGUGCACAUGGAGGAGUGUUCGCAGGACGCGAGCUCGCAAUCCUAUAUGUCUGGCCCAUCGCCAAUAGGCUUCUCCCAGCAAGUGAAUGAGGCUUCAUCUCACCCUCCGUUCGGACACGGGAAUGAUUUUGAUGAUCUGAUGGAUGUGCUGCAGAAUGAUGGCCUCGACUUGUCGGCUAGUCAGAUGGUCGACUUUGGCUUGGACUAUGGGCAGGAGGAGCUGGCAAAGUUGAUUGGGGAUGAUUGGAUUGAUCAUGCUGAUCGCUCGCUGAGGCAUGACUCGCAGGGACUGCAUCAGGAACAGGGUGUGCAAUCGUGCGCCGCAGAAUGCCUGACAACAGACCCUCUACUCGGCGGGCGUCCCACCGACGGCUCUGGGAUGGACUGGCUGGACCAGAUGCUCCAAAACACCCCCAUCGACGAGCAGUUCGACUCAUUGCGUACCCCUUCCUAUUAUCAGCGCAAUGAGAUGGACGCCUCUUGC